AUGCCAUUUUUGGGCCAGGAUUGGAGAUCUCCUGGAUGGAGUUGGAUCAAAACAGAAGACGGCUGGAAAAGAUGUGAUGCAUGGAGCCAGGAACUUGAGGGAGAGAACAGCCAGUGUGACAUUGGCCACGGCAUUAUCUUAAAUAGUGAAGAUGAAGAAAUAUUCAGUAAUGAAGAGCACGAAUAUGCAUCCAAAAAAAGGAAAAAGGACCAUUUUAGAAAUGACACAAAUACUCAGUGUUUUUAUCGUGAAAACUGGAUCUAUGUCCACAAAGAAAGCACAAGAGAAAGACACGGCUACUGUACUUUGGGAGAAGCUUUUAAUCGCUUAGACUUCUCGAGUGCGAUCCAGGACAUCCGAAGGUUCAAUUACGUGGUCAGGCUGUUGCAGCUGAUUGCAAAGUCCCAGCUGACCUCGCUGAGUGGUGUGGCCCAGAAGAACUACUUCAACAUUCUGGAUAAGAUCGUUCAGAAGGUUCUUGGUGAUCACCAAAACCCUCGCCUGAUCAAGGAUCUUCUCCAAGACCUCAGCUCCACCCUGUGCAUUCUGAUCCGAGGAGUGGGGAAGUCCGUGCUGGUGGGAAACAUCAACAUCUGGAUUUGCCGAUUAGAGACUGUUCUCCGCUGGCAGCAGCAGCUGCAGAAUCUUCAGAUGACUGAGCAGGUGGACAGCGGCCUGACGCUCAGCGACCUCCCUGUGCACAUGCUCAGCAACAUCCUGCACAGGUUCUCGGACGGGUGGGACAUCGUCACCCUGGGCCAGGUGACCCCGACACUGUUCGCCCUCAGCGAGGACCGGCAGCUGUGGAAGAAGCUCUGCCAGUACCACUUUGGGGAGAAGCAGUUUUGUAGACACUUGAUCCUUUCAGAAAAAGGUCAUGUGGAGUGGAAGCUGAUGUACUUUGCGCUUCAGAAGCACUACCCCACCAAGGAGCAGUACGGAGACACCCUGCACUUCUGCCGGCACUGCAGCAUCCUCUUCUGGAAGGACUGCCGCCUUGCUUUAUUACUCGAGGACUCGGGCCACCCCUGCACGGCCGCCGACCCCGACAGCUGCUUCACACCUGUGUCCCCGCAGCACUUCAUCGACCUUUUCAAGUACUGA